AGCCGCAGCCUCUCCUUGCGUUCAGCCCCGCUGCCGCAGCCCGGGGGCUCCCAGCAUUGCUCCCCCCAACACCGGCUGCCUGAUUUCCCCUUGUGCUUCAGCUGAAUUCGUCCGAUUUCCCCCUUUGUGCUCUUCUUCUUCUCCCUCUUCCUGAAAUCCCCAUGAAGGACAGAGGCGAGCCGGCAGCUCCCCCGGGGGCCGUCCCCGCCCCGGGCGUGAGGGGCCGUGAGGGACCGUGAGGCGCUGUGAGGGACCGUGAGGGGUCGCCGGCCUUGAGGGGCCGUGAGGAGCCGUGAGCGGUCUUGAGGGACCGUGAGGGGUCGUGGGGAGCCGAGAGGAGCCGUGAAGGGUCCUGGGGAGCCGUGAGGGGUCGCCCUCCUGCCGCCCCCCGUCCCUCUCAGUCACCUCCUCUCCAGCUGCAGCCUCGCCGGCCGGUCGCUCCGAGCCGGGAUUUCCAGCUCCACCGCCUUCAUUUUCCUAUCGAAACGACCGGAGAGCCCCACUCAAGACCUUUAUUUCUAAAGGAUCGCAGCGGCUUUGAGUGCCUGCAAACUGGAGCGGCCAGGACGGUUUCUUUCUUUUUCUUCCUUUGGUUCCCGGGCUGGGGGGCGCUGGAUGAUUUCCUAGGCGACAGCAGGCAUGCUGUGUGGGCUGAAAAAGGACUUGCAGUCAGACUUUGAUGAUGGCCCUUACUCGAAGGGGAGCAAGGACUCCGGCGGGAUGGACGCAGCCCUGGUCUCCAGGAGGCAAAGCAUCCCAGAAGAGUUCAGAGGGGUCACCAUCGUGGAGCUGAUUAAGAAGGAAGGAAGCACCCUUGGGUUAACCAUUUCGGGUGGCACGGACAAAGAUGGAAAGCCAAGGGUCUCCAAUCUGAGGCCGGGAGGACUGGCAGCAAGAAGUGACCAGCUGAACGUUGGGGAUUACAUCAAGUCGGUGAAUGGCAUUAACCUGACCAAGCUGCGGCACGACGAGAUCAUCAGCCUGCUGAAAAACGUGGGCGAAAGGGUAGUGCUAGAAGUAGAGUAUGAGCUGCCGCCAGCCGUGCCGGAGAGUAGUGCUGGCAUUAUUCCCAAGACCAUCGAGGUGUCCCUCUACAAGGAAGGCAACAGCUUUGGCUUUGUGCUACGAGGGGGAGCCCAUGAAGACUGGCACAAGUCCAGACCACUGGUGCUCACUUACGUGAGGCCAGGUGGCCCAGCAGACAGGGAAGGGUCUUUGAAAAUUGGGGACAGGCUGCUGAGCGUUGAUGGGAUUCCUCUGCACAGCAUGACCCACGCUGAUGCCCUCAAUAUCCUGCGGCAGUGCAGCCAGGAGGCACUCUUCCAGAUAGAGUAUGAUGUGACCAUCAUGGAUACUGUAGCAAAUGCUUCGGGUCCUCUACUGGUUGAAAUAGCAAAGACUCCAGGAUCUACACUGGGAAUCACGCUGACGACAACCACGCAUCGGAACAAGCAGGUCAUUGUCAUUGAUAAGAUCAAGCCGGCCAGUGUGGUGGACAGAUGUGGCGCGUUGCAUGUUGGUGACCAUAUUCUCUCCAUUGAUGGCACGAGCACAGAGCACUGCUCCUUAUUAGAGGCAACUCAGCUUUUAGCUGCCACUUCAGAAAAUGUCAAGCUGGAGAUAUUACCUGUUCACCAAAGCAGGCUGCCUUUGAAGCCUCCAGAAACAGUCAAGGUGCAGAAGAGCGACCACCACCACUGCUGGGACCCCUGCGUCAACUACUGUCACACCCACCACCCCGGGCACUGCAAGACGCCCACCUGGAACCAGACGUCUGGACAGGAUUACUGCAAAUCUCUGGUGGCUGCCAACUUCUCGUCUCCCACCAUGAAUGCGCAGGGCUUCCCCUGCCAGAACUCCAACACGCUACCUCGCAGCUCCCACCCCAUGAGCCCCCGCACCACCAUGCUGAGGAGGAGGCAGAAGAAGAAGGAGCACAAGAGCUCACUGUCGCUGGCCUCCAGCACAGUGGGUCCUGGUGGGCAGAUAGUCCACACGGAGACGACGGAGGUGGUGCUCAGGGGAGACCCUUUGAAUGGCUUCGGACUUCAGCUCCAGGGAGGCAUCUUCGCUACCGAAACCCUGUCCUCCCCCCCUCUCGUCCGUUUCAUUGAGCCUGACAGCCCGGCAGAGAGGUUAGAGACCUUGCCCUUGGAUGCUGAUGGUGCUGCUGCUGACCAUUUCAUGGUUUGGUGUGGGUUGCUGCAAGUAGGAGACCGAGUCCUUUCUAUCAACGGCAUUGCGACUGAGGAUGGGACUAUGGAGGAAGCUAAUCAGCUUUUGCGGGAUGCUGCGCUCACAAACAAAGUGGUGCUGGAAAUUGAAUUUGAUGUUGCAGAGUCUGUCAUACCCAGCAGCGGCACUUUCCACGUUAAAUUGCCCAAGAAAAGAGGUGUAGAGCUUGGAAUUACAAUCAGCUCUGCGAGCAGAAAGCCUGGGGAGCCUUUGAUCAUCUCUGACAUCAAGAAGGGGAGUGUAGCACAUAGAACUGGCACCUUGGAGCCGGGAGACAAGCUGUUAGCCAUUGAUAACAUCCGACUCGACAAUUGCUCAAUGGAGGAUGCUGUGCAGAUUUUGAGGCAAUGUGAAGACCUGGUCAAAUUGAAGAUUAGAAAGGAUGAAGAUAACUCUGAUGAGCAGGAGACGACCGGUGCUAUUAUCUACACGGUGGAACUGAAGCGAUACGGCGGGCCCUUGGGGAUAACCAUCUCUGGGACAGAGGAACCUUUCGAUCCCAUCGUCAUUUCAGGCUUGACAAAAAGAGGGCUGGCAGAAAGAACUGGAGCCAUCCAUGUCGGUGACCGAAUAUUAGCAAUUAAUAACGUGAGCCUCAAGGGCAAACCGCUGAGCGAAGCCAUCCACCUGCUGCAGAUGGCGGGGGAGACAGUAACUCUGAAGAUCAAGAAACAGAUGGAAAAACCCUAUCCCAAGAAGUCUGGGAGUAUAAAUGAAGUGAGCGACCCUGAAGAUGAACUGACAGACUCCCAGAAAACGAGCAAGCUCUCUGAGAUAUACUCAACCACAAUUCCUAGUGUGGACAGUGCUAUGGAGUCAUGGGAUGGCUCCGGCAUUGAUGCUGGGUAUGGAAGCCAAGGUACAUACAUACCUCAGGCUGCAGGCAUUGCCCUUCAUCCACACGAAUGGAGACACAGCAGGCAAAAGAGCAGCACCCCUCCUGGGGACCCCAGGAAAAACUACCCCUACAUGGAUGGAAGCUUCAGUGAAGACGACUGGGACAAGCCCAGCAGAUACCCCAACCGCCAAAAUGGCCUUGAGACCACUCACGAGGAUAGUUUUUGGCGUGUUUUUGGAGAAGCUUUGGAGGAUUUGGAAACAUGCGGCCAGUCUGAACUUUUGAGGGAGAUUGAGGCAUCCAUCAUGACGGGGAGCGUCCACAACCUGGGCCUGGAGGGCAGCAAGCUGCUCCUGGACUCUGUCAACCCGUCGGGACUCAGCCCGUUGAGGAAAGCCAACACCGGCUGUGAUGACGGACAGACCGAGGGCAGCAGCUCCCCUGCCAAGAAGAACGAGAGGAACCUGGACAUGAAGAAGAUGGAGAAGGAGAUGCAGGAAAUCAUGUCCCCUACCCCCCUCGAGUUUCACAAGAUGACACUCCACAAAGACGCAGAGAGCGAAGACUUCGGAUUCAGUGUGUCGGACGGCCUGUUAGAAAAAGGUGUCUAUGUAAAUAUGGUCCGUCCGGAUGGGCCAGCAGAUCAGUGUGGCCUCAAGCCAUAUGACAGAGUGCUUCAGGUAAACCGCAUCCGAACGAGAGACUUUGACUGCUGUCUGGCCGUCCCCCUGAUCUCAGAGGCUGGAGACAAGCUGGACCUGGUGAUCAGCCGAAACCCCUUGGCGCUGGCUGCCAACGCUCCCCUGGAGGGGAACGGAGAGCUGCCGGCACAGGCAGCCCGCGGCGCCGAGCUCAAGGCGAGCAUCCAGACACUCUGAGUGGCCGGCGCCGGGGGCCUCUGCCAAGCCGUUGUGGUAUUUGGGGUGUUUUUCCUCUUUUUUUGCACUGGUAUUUGUAAACGCUGUGUGUACCGUAACCUGCAAGUGGGGAGGUGGGUCUGCGGUGAGCUGUCGCCUGUAGACCGCCAAAAAUUGCUGGGAAGGCCGGAUCUGGACGUGCAUCUCGGGCCGUGGGCAGCGCAGGGAGGAAGGAGCAUCCCUCGCCAUCCCCCACGGCAGGGCAUCCCCUGUGCCCAGGCUGUCGCCCUGAAGGCCUUGGCCAUCCUACAAACACACAUGGUGCUAUUAUUUUUCUUGUUUGUUCUGUUAAUCACAUACAGCGAGACUGAAACGCCUUUCCUUUUCUGUUGUACCCAGCUCCACCCUUUAAACACUCCUGAUAAAUCGAUUUCCGCAGCCCCUUUCACUUUGGUGCGGGGCCGUGGAGAGCCCUGUUUAAAAGACAUUUCAAAACGUGCUUGCUGGUGGCAAGGUGCGGUUCUUGUUCAGAAAUCAGGAUUUGCAGCUGCCUCCUGCCAGCCCCUUCCAUCCUCUCCCACCAGGGCUGGCUCACCCCACCACCCGCUGCCCUGCGCUGAGGCAACUCCUCUCACCAUCGCUUCCCAUGAGCAGUGCAGUUACCUGUGCUGCAGUAGUUAUACAGAGCACAGCGCUGUGCCAAGGCUGGAGGCCCUGAAUACCUACCCAAAUCCCUGGCCACCUUGUUCAGAUGGGCGUUACGGAGACCUGUUGCUUGCAAGCUGUGCCCCCAGGUAAAUAGCAGAAAAGCAAUCACCCCAGGGCUGCCCCUGAUGUGCUGAAUUAAUAAAACCUUGUUGUCUUCUGCCAGGCAGUGGCAUGAGAAGCUCUUUGUUAGAUGGAGAUUGUGCAUCCGUGUCCCCACCUGUGCUGGCAGUGUGUGUGCCCAUGUGGGUUCGGCUGCUUGCCCUUGGUCUGCCCCCUUUGCCUGUCGCUGGCUUCUCCGUGGCUUCACAAGCAUGGUGCCCCCCCGGGUUGUCCCUCCCUGCUGAGUGCUCCCAGCCCAUGGGGAGGAGGCAGCUGAGAUAUUUGCAUCGGCUUCUUCAUCUGCCUGCCAGGACAGAGUCAAAAUGUGGCUGUGGGCUCUUCUUCCUCCCCUCCCGGCCCCACGAGCUCCUCCUGUGGCAGACGCUCUGUGUUUCAUGUACUAGCACUUUAUGAUGAUGUUAAUGUCCCGGCGCGGGUGUGAUCCUGGCAUCACACUCCCUGGGAAGGCUCAGGCAUGGCAGAGAUGAGGAGCUCGCGUGGUUGGGGACCCACAGCCCCAGUGACCACUGCCCCUGUUCCCUGCUCAUACUUUUUGUUCCUUCAUCACCACCUUCGUGCUGGUGCUGUGUUCGGGGUGCCGUAGGGGUGUACGCGGCAUGUUCCUUGUUUUGCUGAGCCAGGACUCACCCCCGCAUCCAUCCCCGCUCCGUCCCUGCGCGAUAGCCCGAUGUAUUGGGGUGUUUCUUUGAGACGUGUCCAGCCCCAUCCAGCUACUUGUCGUUGUAGCCAUUUUCUCUUCAAGUAUGCAAUAUCCCAUACCAUUGCUGCCACAACUAGAUAAUGUGCCAUAAUUGAUACUGUGGAGCAUUGACAGUGCAGCCGAAAGUGUUUUUAUAUGCAAUAUUCUGAACAGUGGAAGCUCGCUGGGGCUUCUCAUAGGUUUUUAAUGAAGACUUUUAUUAAAGGCUUUAAAAAAGGAAGAAAAACUUGGUCCUUGUAUCCCUUCCUAUGCAUUUUGAAUGAUAUGAAGAUGAAAUGCAUUACUUAAAUGUGUAUUUUUAUCCAUAUAUUAGAGUGUAUUCCUUGUAAAGUAUUUUUAUAUGCUAAUUUUCUUAUGUAUCUAUGAAAGCACAAUAUUUAAAAAUACAGCAUUUCAAAGAAUAUUUUAGUCCUGUUUUGGACGUAUUUGUAAAUCUCUGUAUUUAAAUGGGAUUGCAAUGACUUUGACUUUUUUUUUUUUUUUUUAAUUAAAUAAAAGCAACUGAAAUGCA